AUGUCUGACCCGGACUCUGAGUUAGAAGAUGACGAGGAGGAGAUUCUCGUCUACGUGGAGUUUGACAAUUUCGCUACGAGCGACGUGUUUAGCAACAACAACUUGAAAUUGGAUAUGUUGGGCUUGGACUCCGACCAUCCCGUCAUGCAGAUCAAUGGCAAAUUCUUCGAAGGGACUUAUGAGGAUGCUGUUGGAACCUAUUUGUUUUUUGAAAAGGACAAGAAUCCUGAAUUUGACGACCAGAUAUUUGACAAAAUUCCAAGUUUGAAGUACUACAACAAGACGAGAAAGCUUCUUAAAAUGCAGAGGGCUUUUCUGGUACCAAAGUACGAGGUUGUGGGAGAUUCCAAGCACAGCGAGUGCAUUCCCAAUGUUGAAACAUUGAAGGAGGCUGGAGUACCGCCAAAGUACCAAGAAGAAGCUCUUUCGUUUUGGAAAAAUUCUAGAGACCUUAGGCUAAAUGCAUUGAACAGUUAUUUGAAAAAACAAGAGUUUAGAAAAGAGUUGAGACUUAGAGGUUUUGAACCUGAAUCAGAAUCAGAUGAAGAAAAUCCUUUUGCCAUGUACAAAUCCGUGCUGGAUGAAUUUAGUCAUGAGAACUUUGAUCAAAUUGAACGUGGAACGGAUUGCAAUGGUCAGGGAGAAUUUUCAGAAGAAAAUCGAUCUCACGUCAAUAAUACAGCUACACAAAUUUCCCAAAAAUUUACCGUGAUAGACCCUGGACCAUCCACCUCUAAGAGUAGUAGACCCUGGAUCGAUGAUGAAGAUGAGGAAAAUAAAAAUACUGACAGUAGUGAUGAUACCGAUUGGGAGCCAUUCUCAAAGAAAGUUAAAAGUAUUGGGAGAAUACGGUCAAAAGUUGCGAAAUCAAAAGUAGUUAAGGUUUCGAAGAAAAAAACAAAAUCCAACAUGGAGAGUAGUAACAUGAGUGAGUCUUUAGAAACUGUGAGUGAAACGAAUGAUGUUCAAAAAAGUUUAGUUAAAAACAACGAAGUUGACAGAAAUGGUAAAGCAAGUAGUAAUAGUCAUGUCAAGAAAAAGAAAGUUAAACCUAUUGUAACCAAAAUUGAAGAAAUAGAAAUUGGUGAAGUGACGGCAAGUGAAAGUGAUAGGUUGUUGUCAAUGGAACUCAAUUUGGAAGAUGAUGUACAGAGAAGAAAGCGUGAGAGGCGUGAAGCAAAAUUGAAAGAGAUAAGAGAAAGGAUGGAGGCGCUAAAAAAAAAAAAAGUUCUAGUCAAAAAAGCAGCUGAUAGUUAAUGCGUGAAAUCACAUGUUAAUGAAAAUUGUGAUAAG